GAGUGAAGCAACUAGUCAGUUCCAAGAUGGCGCCGACACCGGGUGAAAACGGAGCAUCGAAAGAACACGCUGCAGCUGUGACAAGAGACUAUAUUUCACAGCCAAGAUUAACUUACAGAACGGUUUCUGGUGUAAACGGGCCGUUGGUGAUCUUGGACGAUGUCAAGUUUCCAAAGUAUGCAGAGAUUGUCACAUUAACACUUCAAGAUGGUUCACAAAGGAGUGGUCAAGUGUUGGAAGUCAGUGGAUCAAAAGCUGUCGUACAGGUUUUUGAAGGAACAUCAGGUAUUGAUGCUAAACACACCACAUGUGAAUUUACAGGAGACAUUUUAAGGACACCUGUGUCAUCAGACAUGUUAGGGCGUGUAUUCAAUGGAUCUGGAAAGGCAAUUGAUAAAGGCCCUGCAGUCAUGGCAGAAGAUUUUUUGGAUAUUCAAGGUCAACCAAUCAACCCAUGGUCCAGGAUUUAUCCUGAAGAAAUGAUUCAAACUGGGAUUUCUGCCAUUGAUACCAUGAAUAGCAUUGCUCGUGGCCAAAAGAUCCCCAUAUUUUCUGCAGCAGGUCUGCCUCACAAUGAUAUUGCAGCCCAGAUUUGUCGUCAAGCAGGUUUGGUGAAGUUUAAAAAGGGUGUAAUGGAUGACCACAGUGACAACUUUGCCAUUGUUUUUGCUGCUAUGGGUGUCAACAUGGAAACAGCACGUUUCUUCAAGCAGGACUUUGAAGAAAAUGGUUCCAUGGAGAAUGUCUGCUUGUUUCUCAACCUUGCCAAUGAUCCAACUAUUGAGCGUAUCAUCACACCUCGCCUGGCACUGACUACAGCCGAGUUCUUGGCAUACCAGUGUGAAAACCAUGUCUUGGUUAUUCUUACGGACAUGAGCUCUUACGCUGAGGCUUUGCGAGAGGUGUCUGCAGCUCGUGAAGAGGUUCCUGGUCGUCGUGGUUUUCCAGGAUACAUGUACACUGACUUGGCCACAAUUUAUGAGCGUGCUGGGCGUGUGGAAGGAAGAAAUGGUUCCAUUACACAAAUCCCCAUUCUAACAAUGCCUAACGAUGAUAUCACACAUCCAAUCCCGGAUUUAACAGGAUAUAUCACAGAGGGACAGAUUUAUGUUGAUCGUCAACUGCACAAUAGACAGGUUUAUCCUCCAAUCAACGUGCUGCCAUCGUUGUCCAGGUUGAUGAAGUCAGCUAUUGGCGAAGGCAUGACGAGAAAGGAUCAUGCUGACGUUUCUAACCAGUUGUACGCUAACUAUGCCAUUGGUAAAGACGUACAAGCCAUGAAAGCUGUGGUGGGAGAAGAGGCUCUUACAUCCGAAGACUUGUUAUAUUUAGAAUUUUUGUCCAAGUUUGAAAAGAAUUUCAUUUCACAAGGAACAUACGAAAAUCGCUCAGUGUUCGAGUCCCUGGACAUUGGCUGGUCCCUGCUGCGAAUUUUCCCCAAAGAGAUGUUAAAGCGAAUCCCACAAUCCAUUCUGGCGGAGUACUACCCGAGAGAUGCAAGAGGCGGAUCGGAUUAGAUUUCUUUAAAUGCAAUUAUUAAUUAUUGAAUAAGUUUAAAAUUGAGAAAGACGGUAAGUUCUGAUUGACGCCGGAAAUGUGAACUACGGUUUAGAGGUUGAAUUGAAAAGAGAAAAUGAUAUCAGAAAGGAAGAGGGUUCCGUCAGAAAUCACACGGGCGUAUCGAUGGUGACUUAUACUCUUUUUCACAGAAAUCAGUUCAUUAGUAACAUACUAGAAGAAAAAGCUAUUUUGUGAAAUAACCAUCAGUUUUUUUCAACCAGUAAGUAAUUGAAAUCAAGGAAUCUGUAAUUUGAAAUUUCUAUUUCGACACGAUUAUCUAAUUAUGGUUGCUACAAGUAGAAAUUAACGUUGCUUUCUUUUGCAAACCUAAGCGUGAAAUAGUAAUUAUAAACGUGGACAAUUAGAGGGUGGAAUUAGACUAGUCUUCCUUUAUUCCUUAAGGAAAAAUCGGUUUUCUGAUACGGAUAAUCAUCCGAUGUAAUAUAUUCCUGCUUAAUAAACAUGGAAAUUUAA